CCCGGAAAAUUGGUGAAUAUCCAGGGGUGAAAGUUAUUUGGCCGCAAUGACGAAUCCAAAUGGCAUACGUUCUUCUCCUUCUCCACAAAAACCUUCAAUCACUCAUGUCAUCUUCGAUAUGGACGGCCUUCUUCUUGACACAGAGAAGUUCUACACUGAAGUCCAAGAGAUUAUACUUGCUAGAUACACCAAGACCUUUGAUUGGUCACUCAAGGCAAAAAUGAUGGGUAAGAAGGUUUUAGAAGCAGCUAAGGUAUUUGUGGAGGAGACAGGAAUUAGUGAUUCUCUGACAGCUGAGGAUUUUCUUGUUGAAAGAGAAGCUAUGCUGCAGAAUUUGUUUCCAACCAGUGAACUCAUGUCAAGUGCUAGCCGCUUGAUUCUGCACCUUCAUGAAAAAGGAAUACCAAUAUCUGUUGCAACAGGCUCUCACAAGCGCCACUUUCAAUUGAAAACAAAACAACAUGAUGAACUUUUUUCGUUGAUGCAUCACAUUGUUGUUGGUGAUGACCCAGAAGUCAAACAAGGGAAACCUUCUCCUGAUAUUUUCCUCACAGCAGCUAAAAAUUUGAGGAUGCACCUGUUGAUCUGCAUAAAGUUCUUGUUUUUGAGGAUGCUCCCUCAGGUGUUCUUGCUGCUAAGAAUGCUGGCAUGUCAGUGGUAAUGGUUCCUGACCCCAGGUUGGAUAGCUCUCACCAUGAAAAUGCAGACCAAGUUCUCGGUUCUUUAUUAAAUUUUAACCCAGCUGAUUGGGGGU